AUAAUAGAACUAGAAAGAAACCUGAGAGGAGACGGUCCAAAAUCUGACCAAUUAUUGAAAAGAUGGUUGCUCAUACUUUAUACAGAGGAGAAAAUUACCAGAGCGUCGCAAAUAUGUUCAAGCCACUUCAAGAAAAGUUACUUUAGAUAUAGUAUAGUCGGCAAACAUUAUUUAAAGCCAGAUGUAGUACCACCCCUUUGUUUGAACGAGGCAAGCAGGGAUGACUCAGUCUCAGAUAAUCAAAACAUAAUCAUUAAGGAAAAUCAGCUAACAAACACUAUGAUUGAAUGUAAUGUCCCUGAGAAUAAAGCUUUAGAUACUGUAGAAUUGUGUAUAGGAGCUAAAAGAGACAAACUGUCUAAAAGAAUAUUGUUCGCUCCAGCAGACUUGAAUGAGCCAGAGAAAAAAUAUAAGAAGUAUCUAUAUGAUGUCCGAUGGGAAGAGAUAUCUACGUCAUCAAUGCAAGCUAAAAUUUACUGGGAAGUAGUAAUCAAGAACAUCAAGCGACAAAAGGUGAUUCUGAAAACUUUGCGACAAAAAGUCAAGAGACUAGAAAAACAAAUUAAUAUUACACUUGCAGACUUUGGUUUGAACGGAUCUGGGUUGAAUUAAUAGUGUUGCAUGCUGUGCUAUUGUUAGAACAUGUACCAUUAAUCAUUAGCAGAACUAGAAAGAAAUCUGAGAGAGAACAGUUCAAAAUCUGUAACCGUAAAAUGCUGCUGCGCGCUAUUGACCUCUGACGAAGUGGGUGUUAACAACAACAAUAUCUACCUUUUUGCGGUGCUCUUGAUGGAAAUAGAUAGUUGAAAUCGCUAAAAUAACGAAAAUGUAUUAAAUUAAUAAAGAUUUCAAUGAUUUCAGCGAUUUAUUCUCUGGUAGAACAUAUGACACGAUAUUAAUCCAAUCCAGCUGGAUUCAAACCUGCUACGAUCGAAAACGCUAAAAAUUUGUAAAUAGUUGUA